AUGAACACACCAACACAGUCCUCAUCAUCCACAACAUCCCUAGCAGCGGCAUCUGUGCAGGCUCCAACAGCUGCUGCAGCAGCAGCUACAGGUAAUAAUAGUAGCAUUAACAAUGCAACAGGUCUGAGUAAUAGUAGCAACAACAACAACAGUGGUGUGGUUGUUGGUGCACCUGCUCCUUUAUAUGAGGGUCCAUCGUGUAGUAAAACAAAUGUUCUUGCGGUGGCGAAUGAUACGUCGGUGCGUAGUUUAAAUUCACCACUUUCUACAACAUCGGUUUCUUCGACCUUAUCUACGACACCCACAACGACAUCUGCUGCCUCAUCGUUAACAGCAUCGACAGGAUCAUUUGCAUUUGUCUAUGGUAAUACCAGUGGCGGAGGAGCGAGCGGUGGUGGAGUUGGGCAUAAAACUUCAGCUUCCAGCAGUUCUUCGUCAGCGAUUUCUAGCAACAUGCAAUUGACACCGUCAAGCCAUAAUGGGGCCAGUACUUCAGGGGUGGUUGUUGGGGGCAGUGAUGGUACCACCAUGUUAUCGGAUGCAUAUCAUCAUCAGCAAAUGCAAAUACAAUUGCAGCAACAGUUUGAGCAACACUAUCAGAUACAGUUUUACGAUCAACAAACUUACUUGCAGCAACAGCAGCAGCAGCAGCAGCAACAGCAAAAGCCAUCACUAACGGCCCAGCAAAAAGCUCCUCUGACCUACAGUUCCGAACAGCAACAAAGACACAGUGUGUUUGGUACAGCGGCAAGUAUUGCUAAUGUGACUGCUCCGCAUCAUCAUCAUCAUCACCAGCAUACAAUUAAUGGUGCUGCCGCUAGUACGACCAGGCAGUUGUCAGCUCCUGCGCCUCCGCCGCCGCCUCCUCCUCCCCCGCCACCACAAACGGCUCCACAAUCUAUUGUGUUAAUGGCUGUCAAUACAACAACAUCAUGUAUAACACAAUCGAAUGCAGCUGGUACUGCAACGACAACGAUAGCAACAACAACAAAAACUAGUAACAACAACAAUAACAGUCAUCAUUUAUAUUCACCACAAUCAAUAAAUUUCGUCAAUGCCACAAAUAAUGGUGUGAUUGGUGGUGGUGCUGCUGGCUCUAAUGCAGCCAAUUUAACUAUGGAGUUAAGAAAUUAUCAUCCCCAUCAUCAUGCAACGCAACAGCAACAUCCUCCACAACAACAACAGCAACAACAACAGCAACAUCAUCAUCACCAUCAUUAUCAUCAUAAUGUGCAUAAUUUAACAUCAAAUGCUGCUGGUACAGCUUCAUCUACAACUUCAAUGUUGCCAACACAAUCACAAGGGCCACCACCACCAUUACCACUAGCACCCACAACAUCAUCAUCGUCGUCAUCAUCUUCGCCAGCAUCCUUGAGUUUUGCUCCUCCGCUGCCGUCACAUGGCAACGCUCCACCAACAGUCUCUCUUAUUAUGCCAACACAUGGUCAACAGCAACAUCUAACAACAGCCCAUCAUCAGCAUCAGCAUCAACAUCAACAUCCACAUCAGCAUCAGCACCACAACCAGCAUCGUGUAAAUCCAAAUCCAAUUCCAAAUCCGCAGCAUCAGCUUCAUCAUCAAUAUCACAAUUUGUCUCAAAUCAGCCAUUACCAUCAGCAACUUUAACAACGUUUUUAUUAUAUGUUCUUUGGCUUGUAAGAAUUAUUUCGACUACAUUGAAUUCCUGUUAAUCUCCUCAAUGUUCGGUUUACUUUCCCUAGUUACGGUCGUCAUUUUAUUUUGCAUCUUUGGUUUCAUUUGAAAAUUUCGAAAACAACAAAAAUUGGCUUUUAAAAAAGAAAUUCAUUUGUAUAUAAUACCUUAAAAAAAUAACAAAAACCUCACCGACUUUAAAAUUAGGAAUUCUUGAACUUGCCCAGUAAACACAGGGCAUAGACAAUGGAAAGGCAUUGACUUUGAAACUCUAAAUGUUAAUAAAAUAACUCAAAAGUUCUCUGUUCCAUGUGGCCCGGGUUCCUUGUGAACGACUGAGAAUAUGACACUUCUGCCAUCUGUUGGAGCUUUUUUAAACAUAUCGUUUCGAGUCUAUUGAUUUCUUUUGUCUAUGCUAUAUGUUUGUCCUAACCCUGAGAAACUUCCUUCCCCCAUCCCAUAAUUUCUUUGAGCACCACAGACUGACUGAAAUUUCUUAUGUUGUUGAACUUUCGUUGUUAUGUAAAACGAAAAAGACAUCAUCAUCAUCUUAUCAUCAUAUAUAUCAAUAUUUUUAUUGCUUACUUGUUGAAAUGUAACAUUUGAUUUCUCUCUCUCUCUCUGUUUAUUUAUACAUUUUAUAUAUAUAAUUUUUUUUAGAAAAUUAUAUAACUAAAAUUUUUGUUUAAAUCAUCAAACUUACACAUAUACAUGCAGUUAUAUGUCCAUAGUUAUUUAUUAAUUGAAACAACAAAAAGAAAAAUUACAAAAAAAUACACAUACAUACAUAAAUAUGGCAAAAUCUAAUACCUUUUAUUUGCAUUCUUCAAAAAUGCCCAACAAAAACAUAAGAUCCAAAUUCAUAUUUUUAUGAAACUUCAGGAAAUAACACUUGUUUU